ACAAGAGGGCGCCAGAGUUCACGUAUUUGAUCAAACUGCAUGUAGUUUUCGAAGCACAGAUUGGAGCCUGUGACGGCCCAGAAAUUGACAAUGUCGUUAGGUGGAGUAGCCAUUUGCACUCGUUGCAAUGAUGGUUUCCGUCAGGAUGAGAAGAUUGUUAACUCCAGUGGGGAGAUGUGGCAUGAGGAAUGCUUCGUAUGUGCGCAGUGUUUCCGGCCCUUUCCAGAGGGGACAUUUUUUGAGUUUGAGGGCAGGAGAUAUUGUGAGCAUGACUUCCAGGUUUUGUUUGCCCCUUGCUGUGGGAAAUGUGGUGAAUUUGUGAUUGGUCGAGUGAUCAAGGCAAUGAACAAUAACUGGCAUGCUGAAUGCUUCCGCUGUGAAUUAUGCAAUGCUGUGUUGGCAGAUACAGGGUUCGUCAAGAACAGAGGAAGAGCUCUCUGCCGACCCUGUCAUCUGAAGGAAAAGGCAGCAGGCAGUGGCAAGUACAUCUGCUUCAGAUGCCAUGGCCUGAUUCAGGAGGAUGAACAUUUAAAAUGGAAGAUGGAACAUUAUCAUCCCUACCACUUCAAUUGCUGCAAGUGUGGGGAAGAAUUGACCGCCAGUGCUCGUGAGUUGAGAGGGGAGCUUUACUGCCUACCAUGCCAUGACAAGCAGGGUAUCCCAAUCUGCAGUGCCUGUCAUCGCCCCAUAGAGGAACGCAUUGUGACAGCCAUGGGCAAACACUGGCAUGUUGAGCACUUUGUAUGUGCUCGUUGUGAGAAGCCAUUUCUUGGUCACAAACACUAUGAGCGUAAUGGCAAGGCCUACUGUGAGAUACAUUACAACCAGCUUUUUGGCAACAUGUGCUUCUACUGCAAUAAGCCCAUCACAUCAGAGAUGAUGUGUACCAUGAACAAGACCUGGUGUGAGGAUCAUUUCUUCUGCAGCACCUGUGAUACCCUGCUAAGUGCCAAGAGUAAGUUUAUUGAGUUUGACCUGAAACCUGUCUGCAAGAAGUGCUAUGACAAGUUCCCCAAUGAGCUGAAACGACGCCAGAAGAAAGUGGAGACCACUAGCAAGAAAUACGGCAAAGGGGAACAGAAGUAGACAUCAGAGAAGGAUGGAGGAAGGCGUUGAGGCUGAAGAGAGUUGAUUGAGAGUCCAUUGGUAGGCUGAGAAGUACCAGUUUAAGUAGGAAGUCUUAUAAAGUUGAACAUGUGAUAGUCAGGGAAGAUCUGGUUUAAUAUUUAGAUCACAGCAGACAGAAUUUUUUAGUAAGGUGGGAAUUUCUAACAUGAAUAUUUAGAAAAAUUGUAUCUGCAUUCUCCAGAUUUACACCCCCUUCCCAAAUCACAUUGAUUUAGAGAUUUUAACAAUCUACUCUCUCACUAUUUUUGUGUGAUGUAAUUUUAGAGUUGUCAGACAGUUCAAGAUUGAAGUUUGACAAGAAAAGGAUGAGACAAACAGGGUGAUUGUCUUUAAGGUAUUGCAUGGUAUGUUUGGAAGUUAGGAUUGGGUAAUUUAGGGGCAGUCAUGACAGUAAAUAGACAGCUGACAAACUUGUUAUCACAGCGCCAAAAGUCUUCAUAGGGGAAUUACUUGUCAUCCAUCAGUCUCCCAGUUUCAAGUGAAGCGAUCAGCCAUUGAAAUAAACUUUGGUGAAGCCAUUUCUCUCUCUAUACUGUGGCGGUAUUUAUCCUCCUCUUACUUAUAAUCUGUCUUGUGAUCUGACAUGUGAUCAACUGUAUUACAAGCCUGGACAGAUAUGUCUGUGGGUUGUGCGAUUUGUCCUGAACAUUUGUCGCCAUACUGAUUGCUCAGUGUGCCUUUAGAAACAAUCUUGGCACAGGAAGCUAGCUGAAUUAGAAGACUCAUCAUCAUGUGGAAAUUUCUGAACCAAACUUUAUGAAUGUGACAGAAGGUAAUACGAAAACCGGUCACAACUUUCUCUUUAUCCUCUGCACUUUGCUGAAGUUCUUGUUUUUUCAAAUUGGAUGCCAAGUAGUGAAAUAAUCAUACUGAGAUGUGCGAUGUGGAGCCAUGUAAGUACCGGUACAUGAAGGAACAUCAUUGGAAGGGGUCAGUUUUGGGGUCAUUCAUGUAAGAGUAACAAAUGCGUUUAUUAAACAGAAAUUUAUACAUCCGAAGAGCUUAGAGUUUACUUCGAUCUCAUUUACUAAUCUUAUUGACUAGUUGCAUAUUAACACGCAGUCAAGAUCAUGGUUAAUGUAACUUUUUAAUGAAAAGUAGGCUUGAGUUAAUAUUUUCGAUCAUUAUUAAUACAUGCCUGUACAUGUACUUUGUUUUAUGGCAAAAUAUUGCUCAUAGCAAUAAACUAGCACUCAGAUAUUUAUGCAUGCCUCAAAUAAAUAUUACUGGUGAUUUAAGCAAUGUUACUUAAUAUGUAGUUUAACAACAUGCUCCAAAAGCACGCUGCAUGCUCGAGAAUUCCUUGUUGAGCUUUAGUAACUUUAACCUUAAAAGCCUGUAAUUGUUUUAAUUUCAUGCGUUUAAAGGCCUUAAGGAAACCAUAUGCCGUUAUGAGUGGAGUGGAAGAAAAGCAAAUUAAAGAUGUUAGUUAUUUAGUAAAGAUGUUGUCAAUGGAUACAGACUUUUUUUUAUAUUAAUUAAAUCAUGUGUCUAGAUAAUGAGAAAUGCUUUCCUGGGCCUGUAAGAUUUGCUGAACUUAGAGGCACCUCUAACUCUUGGUUAUGUUUUUUCUUUGGUCUUGCCCUUUUCUCUUCAGCACUCGGUUUUUUCAGGGUCUGAAUAGACCAAUUGCGCCUGCUAAAUCACGUGACCUAUAGUGGGUAUCAACCCAUAACAACGUGUGUUUUGAGUGUUGUUUACAAACUAUACAGUCCGGUUAUGGUUUAGUACCCAGUACAUGUGUAGUCUGAGUACGGUACCUACCGUCCGCGUUAUUUUUGGUAAUUGAUACCUAUGAAACACUUUGCUUUUUGUGGACGUAGUGUUUGUUAAUAUUUAAUACCCACUAUAUGUCACGUGACUUAGCGGGCGCAAUCAGUCUAUAAAGUUGUCAGGUGUUGCAUGUAUGUGAAAAAAUGGUUGUUUGCGAAAUAUGGGAAAUCUCAAUCACAUGUAGUUUCAAGCAGAGCUGAACCAACUUUGAUGUUAUGAAAAUUUGGCAGUCGGAGCUUUGGUGGGGUGUUUAACGUUUAUCGAGAGUAUACAUCUAUAGACUUUAUCUGCUGUAAAUCCAACUCAUUUAUGCGGACUUGCUACCGUGUAUACAUACAACAUAAUGAAUAUUUUGUGGAUUCUUUUCAAAGUAGAGUGAACUAGGACCUGAACUUUCUGUGCAGCAUUUAGUUUGCCCUCUGAUACCCGAUGACUGUUGUACGUGUGUUUGAUAUGUUUUAAGUCUUGAAUAGGCAAAUUAUGUGGUGAAGCAAGUUUUGCAGGCUUCUUUUAGCAGAGAACAGUUUAACCUGAGCUGGAAACAAUAUUGUUACCUUUUUGUUUUUGUUAAAGCUAUGAAAGUGUUAAGAUUAGUCCAAAUGGGAGUACACUAAGCAUGCGCUUUCUGCAUGCGCGUAUCUCGCCAAUGUGCAUGCUGCAGUCAUACAGGUCAAAUUGGAAGGUCAAUAAAACCGAGCUUUUGUUGUUUAUAUUUGGA